AUGGAGCACUGUUUUUCUUUGCUCUGUUUCUCCUACUCAUCAGCUCAAAGAAAACUCAGCCCCGCCUUAUUUGUCAGCUGCAAGCCCUGCUAGGCCAUUUCUAUAUUUUCUACGCAACACCCAUUAUCUGUUCUGUUUUCUGGUACACCUGCAGGAAUUUCUAAUCGUAUACACACUUCAACUCCGUAGUUGAACCUUCCAAUCUUACGCGUCAUUUGAAUUGCACUCAACCCAUUCUUGAUACGCAUAGACGCAGAUUUGGAUACGUAUUCACUCGUAUUCAUUGAGCAAUUACAUUUGUCAUCUGGAACAAUUCGGGAUAAGGAUACGGCUAUGGAUAGUGGACGAGGGGGACAUGACAUUGAAGGCUCCGAGGACAAUGCAGUUUUCUCGCCGGGAUCUCUGGGGCGCAGCAAGUAUCGUCCUGUGGUGGCGCACGACAAUGAUCGGGCUGUGCUUGAAAUGUCCUCUAUUGAUCUUGGAUCUUCCUCUUCUUCAUAUCCUCCUCACGAUCUCAAGAAAAUUAAAGUGGGGGAGGGACCAAAGACAUCCUCUAAUGGCAGAGACGAGUCUUUACCUAAUCAUGGGAAUGUGACCCAGGCAGAGUCCAAAUUAGAAUUAUUUGGCUUUGACUCUCUCGUCAAUAUCCUAGGUCUUAAGAGUAUGAUAGGGGAUCAAAUGCCAAGCCCAUCACGUCUCCGUGAUGGGGAUGAUGCAACUAUCACUAUUGGCCGCCAAAGGCCUGCUGCUGUGAAGUCGGGAACAAUGAUGGGAGUUUUUGUGCCAUGCUUGCAAAAUAUUUUGGGAAUCAUCUACUAUAUAAGAUUUUCCUGGAUAGUUGGAAUGGCUGGUAUUGGGGAGUCAUUGAUGCUAGUGGCCUUCUGUGGUUCCUGUACUUUCCUCACUACAAUUUCACUCAGUGCUAUUGCAACUAAUGGUGCAAUGAAGGGUGGUGGACCUUACUAUCUUAUUGGGCGAGCAUUGGGCCCAGAGGUUGGGGUCAGUAUCGGACUGUGUUUUUUCCUGGGGAACGCAAUCUCUGGAGCAAUGUAUGUAUUGGGAGCUGUAGAGACGUUCUUGAAUGCUGUACCAGCGGCAGGAAUUUUUAGAGAAACGGUCACGAGAGUUAAUGGCACAGCGAUUGCCGAGCCCAUCACGAGACCUAGCUUGCACGACUUGCAGAUUUAUGGGGUGGUCGUGACUAUUAUUCUAUGCUUCAUAGUAUUUGGGGGCGUCAAAAUGAUCAACCGUGUUGCACCAGCUUUCCUUGUUCCUGUUUUAUUCUCAUUAUGCUGCAUAUUUCUUGGCAUAUUUUUGGCGAGGAAGGAUCAUCCAUCAGCGGGAAUCACGGGACUGAGUUUGGAAUCUUUCAGAGAUAACUGGAGUUCUGAUUAUCAGAUGACUAAUAAUGCUGGAAUUCCAGAUCCUAACGGGAAGAUAUACUGGAGUUUCAAUGCAUUGGUAGGUCUGUUUUUUCCAGCUGUGACAGGCAUCAUGGCAGGCUCUAAUCGUUCAGCCUCACUGAAAGACACCCAGCGUUCUAUUCCCAUCGGAACCUUAGCAGCCACUGUGGCAACCACCAGCCUAUAUAUUUUUACUGUGUUUUUUCUUUGGAUCUGUGGCAACUAGAGAAAAGCUUUUGACUG